AUGACAUCAGCAGCAACGACAGAAACCAGGAGCGAGCCAGCGCAGGAGGAAUGGACCUUCGUCAAGUCCAAGUCGAGGUUCCGGCGAAAACCGCCCAAGGUCCCUGCGAAAGCCCUGGAGGCAGCCAGGAACAAUGAACCCCGCAUAUUCAAGUCUGUCGACGAGAUUACGACCGAAUACGAGGGAUUCAAGGCCCGCUGGCGAGACACGACAUGCCAUAAGCGAAUCAAGGAUCUUGUGCAGAACAACGCAGGCGACGGGAGGAGGGUAAAGAAGGCAGUCUGUCUGGGAGUCGGCACGUUUGACCCCGAGGACGGCGGUUGGGACGCGAAGAGGAGGAGUUACAUACAGCUGGAUGGGUUUCUGACUGUCGUGGAAGCUCUGUCUGCCAUCUACAACGAGACAAUUCCAUGCUCUUUCCAAGAACCGCGAUUCACACCCAAUGAUACCAAGUUCCUGGAGAAGCUCGGCCACGAAGUAGUCGAGUCCCCCGCUGCCUUCGAGGCUGUCGACGAGGACACCCUCGUGUUUGCCAUUCACAUGUACCGACCGAUAUACGAGGCUACGCUGGAAAAGGCGUUGCCAGCCAUGUUCGUCGGCACCGGAUGGGAUGUUUGGGAUGGAGCUGGAACGUUGAAGGACGGCGAGUUCAAGUGCAUGAGCGAUAUGCAUAACUCCCACAAGCAAUUCGCCUUUCCUCAGGAUGGGACGUACACCUCCUUCUCGAGUACCUGUCUGUACUGGCGGCCGAAGCCCGAGUCAUCAGUGGAAGAAGAUAGGGCUUCGGAGGCGCCCGAGAAACCCGAAGAGACGAGUGCGGAUAAGAAGGACACAGUUAUUGGCAGCGAGGAGACGGAGCCAUCGAGCUGA